AUGGACUUGAAGCAGUUUAGAGAGUACUUAAUCGAUGACAAGUACUUGAAUGAGUCGUUAUUAACCGAGAAAGAAUUUAACAUAACUGUGUUACCACCAGAAGUUUUAAUAACGAAGUUAUCGAAUGGCAAAUUGUCAGUGGUUGAAACUGUAGCAGCAUUUAUUAAAAAACACCUCAUAGUGAACAAUUGCAUUGAUAUACCACCACUUCUCGAAAGAGAGUUUAGCGCCGCUUUAGCCAUGGCUGGGUUUUUGGACUGUUAUUUCAAAAGUACCGGCAAAGCUUUAGGUCCAUUGCACGGCUUGCCAAUAAGUGACAAACAAUUGGAGACGAUCAAAGUAGAAUGCUUUGGUUCAGACGGUGACUUGGGUGCAUUAGGUAAUAUCCCCUUAAAUAUAGUGUUUCACCCAACACUAAUGCCACCAAACCACGUGAUUCAUCGGUCUAAAAACCACAAUCCAUUAUUCCGAAAUUCAGCAAUACACUCAGGAAUGUGA